AUGAGUAGCAUUGUCCAAGACUAUUGUGACAGAGCGUUCAACGCCUCCUCGAUAACCCAUCCUGUAUCCUGUAUCCUGCGGCACCUCAGAUCCGAUGUUCCAUCACCUCCGGCCCAGUUCCUCACAAGGCACUUCCGACCUGAGGACCUGGGCAGGUACCUGCGGCUAUUUCACGGCCAGUUAAGGGCAGGUAAAGGGCCGGAAGUUGUUCAUUGA